AUGUCUCAUUUAUCAGCAAACCCCACUUCAGGCUCAGCACUAGACGAGGCAGUUGUUUUGCACUCGACAAAGAAUCAUGCAAGAAUUAUCACUUUAAACAGAGUCAAGAAGUUGAACUCAUUGAACACGGAGAUGGUCAACUUGAUCACCCCAGAUUUAUUAAAGUACGCCAAGGAACCACAGAAUAACGUCAUCAUUUUAACCACAAAUUCGCCAAAGGCAUUAUGUGCUGGUGGUGACGUGGCUGAAUGUGCCAACCAAAUAGUCAAGGGAAACCCCGGAUAUGGUGCUGACUUCUUUGACAAGGAAUACAAUCUUGAUUAUAUUAUCUCGACUUUGCCAAAGCCAUAUAUUUCCUUAAUGGAUGGAAUCACAUUUGGAGGUGGAGUUGGAUUAUCUGUUCACGCUCCAUUCCGUGUUGCGACUGAAAAGACGAAAUUGGCUAUGCCAGAAAUGGAUAUCGGCUUCUUUCCUGAUGUAGGAACAACAUUCUUUUUGCCAAGGUUGGACGAUAAAAUUGGAUACUACACUGCCUUGACUGGUACAAUCUUGUCUGGUUUGGAUGCAUAUUUUGCUGGAUUUGCUACCCAUUACGUCAAGUCGGAAAAGAUCCCCCAAUUGGUCAACAGAUUGGCAAACUUGCAACCUCCAGAAAUUGAUAACAUUUCAAAAGUCUCAUUGGUGUCUGGAAACACUCAAUACUUCCAACAAGUAAAUGGCAUUUUGAAUGAAUUUAGCGAAAAGAGGUUGCCAUCUGAUUACAAGUUCUUAUUAACUGAGGAUGAGCUUGCAUUGAACAACAAAGCAUUUUCGCAAAAGAAUAUCGACGAUGUGUUGGCCUAUUUCAAAGAGCAAAGUGAGUCGUCACCAUUUGCCAAAAAAACCUUGGAAAAGUUGUUACAAAAGCCCAGAACAUCCUUGGCUAUUGGAUUUGAGUUGAUGAAUCGUGGUUUGCAAAACUCAAUCAAAGAACAGUUUACAUUGGAGAUGGUUUCGGCUACUAAUAUCCAGAAAUUACCACCAAAGGAAAACGACUUUGCAAAAGGCGUUAUUCAUAAAUUGGUUGAUAAAAUCAAGGACCCAUUCUUCCCUAAAUGGAACGACCCCAGCAUUGUGACCCUGAAAUAUGUUUCUGACAUCCUCACACAAACAGAUGAGACGCUCAAGUUGUUACCUAACCCACCUUUGAUCAAAGAAUGGUUUGGCUUGGAUUACAAAGAUUAUCCUUUAAAUUUUGGCUUGCCUAGAAAUAAAGAAGUUGCAGCUUAUAUUGCUGGCACUGAUGGCUCAAACAGAACCUAUUUGCCUACCCCUGCUGAGGUCUUUAAGUACUUCAAAUCCACUACUGGCGACAAAUUGGGUGUUGACUUGAAGAUUAAACAAAUCUUGGAUUUGCAUGGCGAAACCGCAAAAUACGACAAUAAGUACGUAACUUGGAAGAAUUGA